UCUUUUUUUUUUUUUUCUGUUGCUUAAGAACAAAUUUUUUUGUUUGUAAGGACGAAACCGAACUGCUGUGAAGAAAACAGCAAAGCUUAUUUUCAUCUAUCCUCAAUGGAGAACGCUUACGCCAGAUCUGUUCCGGAGGUUCUGGAUUUCUUUGGGGUAGACUCGACAAAAGGUCUCACUGAUUCUCAGGUUUCACAACAUGCUAGGCUUUAUGGUAAAAAUUUCCUGCCUGAAGAAGAAAGGGCUCCAUUUUGGAAAUUGGUCAAGCAAUUUGAUGAUUUGCUUGUUGAACUUAAGAUACUAAUUGCUGCGGCACUUGUUUCUUUCGUUUUGGCUCUGCUUAAUGGAGAGACUGGCUUAACUGCAUUCUUGGAGCCUUUUGUUAUCCUCCUGAUAUUGGCUGCCAAUGCUGUAGGAGUGAUUACGGAAACAAAUGCUGAAAAGGCUCUUGAGGAGCUAUGUGCCUACCAAGCUGAUAUUGCAACUGUGCUGCGCAAUGGUUGUUUUUCAAUACUUCCUGCACCUGAGCUAGUUCCAGGAGACAUAGUAGAAGUCAGUGUGGGAAGCAAAAUUCCAGCUGAUAUGAGAAUGAUUGAGGUGCUAAGUGAUCAGUUAUGCGUUGAUCAAGCAAUUCUUACGGGUUGCAAUGACUGUUGGUCUAAAUUGAGUGAUUUCUCAUUUUAUCUGAUACCUGUUCACUUAGAUGUUACUGGAAGAGUAGUCCCCUUUGAUUUAAUAUUUUCUUCAUUCUUACUUUCUUUAUCCUUUCAAUUACAGAGUGCUUCAGAUAUGCAUUUACAUGCAUACGUACUCAUAGAGGAUAUACAAAUUGUUGAACUUUUCAAGUUGGGCAGGCUGUUGCAGAAGGAAGGGCUAUAUACAACAAUACAAAGCAUCUCUUCAAAUAUUGGUGAACUACUAUGGGUCAACUUGGUUAUUGAUGGAGUGCCUGCCACUGCCAUUGGGUUUAAUAAGCAGGACUCUGACGUGAUGAAGAUUAAACCUCGCAAGAGAACUACAUUGUUCUGUUUCAAUUCAGUAAGAAAUGUUUUUCUGGCUGAUGUACCUUAUGUUGGCCUUGCCACUGUUGCGGGGUUCAUAUGGUGGUUUGCUUACUCGGAAACUGGUCCUACACUACCUUAUGCUGAAUUGAUUAGUGCUGAGUUUCUUGGCAUGGACAUCUCUUCUGAUAGUGCUUUUGAUGUUAAUGAAUUUGUUCCUUUGGACACUUCAAGGAACAUAUUGAAGAGUAAGCUGUUUCUUUCCUCCUUGCUUUCAGCCAUGGUGUGCUGGUCUUUAUGGGAUAUUCUGAGGGUGGUUUAUACAUUCAAGUUUUUCCCCUUUAAAUUAUAUUUUGCAUGUAUACAUACAUAUCUUUUGGACAAUAUUGCGUCGUAUUCAGAUCUUAAAAUUCAGCAUCAUAAAUAUGAAGCACUCACUUUGUGGGGCAAAAAGCCUUGGUCUGCACUGUUAGCUUUUAGAUUUGUGAUCAUAGGCUUAUUAAAUCUAUCUCCUAUGUUUACAUCAUGUUCAACAAGAGAGACGACUUAUCCAUGCAGUAUCUUUGAGGAUCGGCAUCCAUCGACAGUGUCCUUGACUGUGCUUGUCGUUGAGAUGUUUAAUGCUUUGAAUAACCUCAGUGAAAACCAAUCACUUUUGGUUAUUCCUCCUUGGAGUAAUUUGUGGCUGGUUGCUUCAAUAAUCAUAACAAUGCUUCUUCACAUACUAUUUUUGUGUGUUCCCCCUCUAUCUACACUCUUUUCUGUUACACCUUUGUCUUGGGAUGAGUGUACAGUUAUCCCGUAUCUUUCUUUCCCUGUUAUAAUUAUUGACGAGGUGCUAAAGUUCUUCUCAAGAAAUUCCCAUGGUAUAAGGUUCAAUUUUAGAUUCAGGAGAUUUGAUGCCCUUCCUAAAAAGGAACUGCGAGACAAGUAAUAAUGCUGCUUUGUGGAACCCUUGUUUUGUACAUAUGAAAUGGAGGAUAACUCUCACAAGUUCUGAAAGUGGGAUCUUUGAAUUUUUUCCCCCCAAUGAUGUGGUUUUAGAAAGGAGUAAUUUGGGGGCUUUACACUUUAAUGAUGAGUCUAUGCAUUGAAUGGUUUUAGAAAGGAAGAUGCCUUAAUGUUUUUUCAUACUUCACUAGUGGUUGUAACAUUAUUAUAGUUAUUAAUUUAUUUGUUAAUACUAGAAAUAAGUCCCUUAAAUAUGGUGCCUUAACUGACAUUUCAAGUUACUGGACAUUUUUUAGAAAAAAAAAAAAAAUUUGCUGGUAACAACCACAUGAAUUUACUCUUAAUUUCUAAACUGAAUCGAUUUUGUUUUUUUCUUACAAACAAAUGCAAGAAAAGUGUAACACGAGGGCUUUGGGGAUAAUAUUAAUCUCAUUUAAGCACGCUUUAACUGUGAAGCUCUCGAAGAUCAUUUUUGAUAAGAUCCCAAUCAUGCACGUUCAUCUUGACCUAAUGUUCUUGUUAGUAGUCCCUUAAAAAAAAUAUAU